AUGUCUGACAUCCCGCUCUCAACUCUAUUUCACCGCGCACUCAGUGCGAUUGGAAAGGCAACGAAUAUGCCUACAGUGCAGGACGAGACUCAGGAACUCGUCCGGUCUACUGUCGCUGACUUGCGGACCCUGCAAUUGCGCACUACUGCGCUGUCUCUCUUCAGUGAAAACGAACUCCUUGAGGACAUAGCGACCAAAGACUUGGUGUAUCUGCUCGUGCCAUAUGCACUGGCGGAAGCCCUUGGUCGUGUGAGGACCGUGGAUCCGGAAGAGAGGUUGGACCGCGCUGUAUAUUCACAGCGAUUGUAUCGUACUUUCCUCUCGAGUCUCGAGACGUAUGGUAUCGUGCCCGAGCCGGAGAAGGCGCUGUACACCCAACCGGCCUCGUCAGUCGCAGAUGCUCAGAAGCGAAGGGAGCUGAAGAUCAAGCAGUACCAGAAGGAGAAGGAGAUCAAGACAAGGAUACAGGAAGUGCGCAAACGUCGCAAUCAUGGAGCGCCCGUUAGCGAGCCAUCUUCCGACCUCGAGCUCAUUGCUUCAUUACUCCCUGAUUCAUCGGUAAAGCCGUCUGGGCUUGAUGAUGACGACGACGAUGACGAUACGGAAGACAUUCUUCGAGAGGCAACUCUGCUCCUCUUGCGCCUCACCUAUGGCCAAGCGCAUGCUCAGCUUCAAAGCCUUGAACAAGAAAUUCGACUCCUCCGUAGCGCACCGUCUCGCCCUCUGGAAGCCUCCGAUGAUCCUCGUCGCUCGAAGGACCGAGAAAACAACGACAUGUGGAGGCUGGACGCACCUCUACCGCAAGGUGGGCCCGACGGGAAAGGUCCGCUAACCGAUUCAAGUGGAAAGCCUCUACGACCGUUCACGAUCCUGCCGUCAUCACCCAAUCGCGAGCAGCUCCGCCAGCAGGUCUUCCAUCCUGAUCACCGCCUUCCUACUAUGACCAUCGAUGAAUACCUUGAGCUGGAGCAGCAGCGCGGGAACAUCAUCACAGGAGGAGGCCCUGCAUCCGAGGCGCGUCUCACAACUAAGGAGCAGCUUGCCCUCGACUCUGAACAGGAUGGCGCGUUAUUUGGGGAAGAGAAGGAGGAGGAGAAACGCCAGAAGGAUGAGAAAUGGGCACAGUACACGGAUACCCAUCCCAAGGGCGCGGGUAAUACUCUCAACAGGGGAUGA